CCAUGCCCCAAAGACUCUGUGUCCCUGCUAACUCCCCCUCUCUUCAGGCAGCUGUGAUCUCGAGCCAUCAAGUCUGAAUUUCCUGGAAAGGAAACACGCCCAUUUGCAGGCGCAAAAGAGAGAAAACGAAACCAACUCUUUCUUCCUGUCGAGGCAGCAGCCAUGGCUGCUUCUGAGGGUCCCGUGCAGGAUCUCUGCGAGGAAGCUACUUGCCCCAUCUGCCUGGAGUAUUUCAGGGAUCCAGUGAUCAUUCAUGAAUGCGGGCACAACUUCUGCCGAUCCUGCCUGAUCCAGUGCUGGGAGAAAUCCGAGGGAGAGGCUUCCUGCCCUCAGUGCAGGGAAACAGUGGAGCAAAGCAGCAUCACGCGAAACCAGCAGCUGGCAAAUUUUGUAGAAAUAGCCAAGAAAUUCAGUCAUCUGGGCGGAAAAAAGGCGGCCGAAGGAAAAAGAAGCGUCUGCGAGAAGCAUCAGGAGCCCCUGAAGCUCUUCUGCCAGGAGGACGAAAGCCCCAUCUGUCUCGUGUGUAAUGUAUCCAAGGAGCACAAGGGCCACGAGGUGAUUCCUCUGGAGGAGGCGUCCCAGGAGUACAAGGUAGGAAAUCUCUCUGGGUUUCCUUCGGGGAUGGUGAGGGUGAAAUAGCAACAGAGAAGGGGGUCUUGCAAGAAAACGCUUUAAUGUAUUCUCCCCUCAGGCAGCCAAAAAGUCACUCGCCUGCAAGAGCUUUUGUGCAGCCUUCUAAAACUAAACUUCUGAAACUCUGUUCAAUAAACAUUUCUCUUUUCCUUUCAGGGGAUUACAGUGCAGGAGUAACAGGAGUGCAGGAUUAACUCAUUGGAUUACAGUGCAGGAGUAACUCAGGGGAUUACAGUGCAGGAGUAACAGGAGUGCAGGAGUAACUCAGGGGAUUACAGUGCAGGAGUAACAGGAGUGCAGGAUUAACUCGGGGGAUUACAGUGCAGGAGUAACAGGAGUGCAGGAUUAACUCAGGGGAUUACAGUGCAGGAGUAACAGGAGUGCAGGAUUAACAUCUGGAUUACAGUGCAGGAGUAACAGGAGUGCAGGAUUAACUCAGGGGAUUACAGUGCAGGAUUUAACAGGAGUGCAGGAUUAACUCGGGGGAUUACAGUGCAGGAGUAACAGGAGUGCAGGAUUAACUCAGGGGAUUACAGUGCAGGAGUAACAGGAGUGCAGGAUUAACUCAGGGGAUUACAGUGCAGGAGUAACAGGAGUGCAGGAGUAACUCAGGGGAUUACAGUGCAGGAGUAACAGGAGUGCAGGAGUAACUCAGAGGAUUACAGUGCAGGAGUAACUCACCCACAGCUCCUCCUCUGGCAGCAGCUCCCUUAGGAAUCCCUGAGUUGGGAAGGGACAGUUUUGGGGGCAGGGAGCAAGCAUAUGGUUCAACUUUGCUGUUAAUAUGAAGAAAAAAAGGAACCAAACUUUUAAAUUUUGUUUUCUUUUCAGGAUCAGAUCAGCAACUGCCUAGACAAUGUGAGGAAGGAGAGAGAGAAAAUUCUGAAAUUUAAAGCAGAUGCAGAAAAGGAAAGCCAAGACCUGCUUGUAAGCAUCAUUCUCACUUGAAAGGGAAUAAGUUCUGCAGUCUUGAAUCAAAAUCUGGGGAAAUGAAUACGAAAUACAGAAAGAGGUUUAUUUUAGAACAGUCUGAUCUCUUACAGAGCAUGAAAGAUCAUUUAAAGGAGGCGGUGGGCUUGUAAAUUUUUACGAAGUUCUUUCUCUGCUGAACAUGUCAGAAGUGGCCUUCCAAGGGAAUUGGGAUAACUGGCCUCUUUAUCCUGCAAGAGCAGACUAGAUGCCUGAUUUUGGCCCACUGUUCUCUUCUUUCAACCUCUUUGCUGCAGAAACAAACAGGUGCAGAGAGGGAAAAGAUGGUGGCUGAGUUCAGGCGACUGCACCAGUUUCUGGAAGAACAAGAGAAACGUAUUCUGGCCCAGAUGGCAGAGGUGGAGAAGGAGAUUGCAGCCAAAAGGGAGGAGCACCUGGCCAGACUCUCCGGGGAACUCUCCUCUCUUGACAGCCUCAUCCGGGAGAUGGAGGAGAAGCUUCAGGAACCAGAGAGUGAACUCCUGCAGGUGAGGCCUCAUCCUGAUGUGAGAGGGUGGAGUGUGCUGCUUCAAAUUACAGACAGGAGGAUAACAUGUCUUAGCCCCCACCCUAAAAAAAAGCUGCUGCAAGGAAAACAGUACAUGAAGGGUGAAAGGCGUCAGUCCUGGGGUCGCAAAAGGGGCCUUGCUAGAUCAAACCACAGGCCUCUUCAUUCUAGCAUUGUGUUCUCUCACUGGCCAACCAGAGGUCUCUGAGAAGCCUAAAAAACAGUAGCGCUCUCCAAACCUGUGAUUCCCAGCAGUUGCCACUCAGCUGUUUAGUAUUUAUAACUGACUGCAGAAAUGGCUCCACUGACUUCUUUCUUUCUUUCUUUCUUUCUUUCUUUCUUCCUUCCUUCCUUCCUUCCUUCCUUCCUUCCUUCCUUCCAGGAUAUUGGAAGCUUCAUGCAGAGGUAAGUGAUGAAAAACCCCUGCCUCAUUAUGUUGCUAGAAAAGUUCUUUUAAGAAGAACUCACUCUCCAGUUCCUCCUUCCAGAGAUAGUUUAGGACUCCAUCAUCCAUUUCACAAAAUCAUGGACAAAAAUAGGGACACAUUUUCAUAGUCAUUUGUAGCUAUUGGUCUCAUCAAGAAUCAUAGGAAGGAAGCCAUUCCUCAUUCCCCUCCAUUACAUAUUUCUCCAUUUUCCUUGAUGGAUUCAUUUACUGUGGAAUAAUUACAGAAAAGGGAGGACAUCCCAAAGGUGCUUGUAAAUAUCUUAUAACUUACCCUUAAAUAUUUGACAUAUUUGACUAACCAGAUGUCAGUGCGAAACCCACGAGCAGGAUCCGACCCCAGAGGACACUCCCCUCCUGUGGUUCAGAGGCACCACUGCCUUUGACCCAGCUAUCGUGGCCAAUAAGUGUUGAGAGCUUUGUUCUCCAAAUAACUUCAAUAUAUUUUUUAAAUCUUCCAUGUUUAGAAAAUACAGCUUUAAUUUCUAAUAUUUCUCCCUACUUUAAAUGUAACCACAGGGCUAAAAAGUAUUAAUAACUUUAAUCAUUUGAAAUGCUUCACUAAAACUGAUGCAGUUCUAGAUCUCUUUCUAAGGACCUUGUAUUGUUAUUUUUUCUUCUAAAGAAUUCAUCUGCAUACAUUCAGUCUUAUUUUCAUAUAUUCCCUUCCAUGUACUAUGGAAGCAGGUGUGUGUCGGUUUUCCUUCAACUUCUUAGAUGCUUUCUAGAUUCAGACGUCAUCUUGAUGCUCCCUUUUGCCAUAGGAAGAACUCUGCUCCCAAGUCUUCAUGAUAUAUCCAUUGUGCCUUUAUCAUCAGGAUGAGACACCUGCCUUGUCAGAAAGCUCCUUGCAUUGGAAGGAUGGUGGCUUGACUUUGUUCUUCUCCUCCCAGGUCUCAGGAGAAGGAGAACUUAGAGGAUCCUCCUGUGGCUUUUCCUCCUGCCCUGAAGUGGAAGAUCUGGGACUUCUGUGAUAUAAAUCCCUUCCUGGAGGGAGUCAUGAAGCAGUUCAGAGGUAAUGAAGAAGGGCUGUGAGGAUUCUAUACUAGAUGUUUCAAAGUGUUCAUGAAAGUGUCCAGGUUAUAUGUUAUAUUAGCAAUGCCAGGAAAAUGAAAGGUUUAUGUAUUUAUCCUCUUUCAAUAUCCAGAUGCCUCCCUUUCGUAUACAGAUGACUCACAACGUUCGCUAAUUUUACUUACACAGUCACAGCUUGAUGGGGAUCACAAAUAAAUAAAUAGGAAGUGGGGAGGAAACAAUUACUUGUUGGGAUGUGGAGGCUCUCGUGAGAAAUGGUGCUCUUAAUCCCUCCACGAAAAUCACUUUAAAGCCCUCUGCAUUGCUUACUAGGCUGUGAGAGGCUCUAGUGGGGCCAUUCAAGAUCUUUAAUGGGAGGGGGUGAUUCGGGAGGUAAUUCUGAUUUUGCAUGACUUUAUGAACAAUCCCCAGGAAAGUAACCCUCGCGUACAUUGCGAGUUGUCUGUAAAAAGUUGUAUUUUACUGCUUCAAAUCUCUCAGCCAGGCUUUGGGUGCUUUCCCACACCUCUCCCAUUUCCCAAGUAGCCUCACCUACAGCCUUUUGGGCGUCUCCUCUGUUCCUCUGGCCUUGAGAUUGAUGUGAAGGAGGCGGGAGGCUGUCAAAAAGCCACCCAGGAGCAGAGGGAACUGGGGUUGAGACCUCCAGUCCUGGAACAAGGAUGACUGGUGGGCAGGUGUGGAGGACUCCCUGGUCCUGAAUGGGGUAACUGUGCCCCUGAAGGGCCAGGUGCGCAGCCUCAGAGUCAUUUUGGACUCACAGCUGUGCAUGGAGGCGCAGGUCAAUUCUGUGUGCAGGGCAGCUGGCUACCAGCUCCAUCUGGUACACAGGCUGAGGCGCUACCUGCCCGCAGGCUGUCUUGCCAUGCUCUAGUUAUCUCCCGCUUGGACUGCUGCAAUGCACUGUACAUGGGGCCACCUUUGAAGGUGACCCGGAAACUGCAAUUAAUCCAGAAUGCAGCAGCUAGAUUGGUGACUGGGAGUGACUACUGAGACCAUAUAACACUGGUCCUGAAAGACCUACAUUGGCUCCCAGUAUGUUUCUGAGCACAAGUCAAAGUGUUGGUGCUGACCUUUAAAGCCCUAAAAGGCCUCGGCCCAGUAUACCUGAAGGAGCGUCUCCACCCCCAUCAUCCACUGAGGUCCAGCGCCGAAGAGUUUGGAUUUGAUAUCCCACUUUAUCACUACCCAAAGGAGUCUCAAAGCGGCUCACAUUCUCCUUUCCCUUCCUCCCCCACAACAAACACUCUGUGAGGUGAGUGGGGCUGAGAGACUUCAGAGAAGUGUGACUAGCCCAAGGUCACCCAGCAGCUGCAUGUGGAGGAGCGGAGACGCGAACCUGGUUCCCCAGAUUACGAGUCUAUCGUUCUUAACCACUACACCACACUGGCCGAGGGCCUUCUGGAGGUUCCCUCCCUGCGAGAAGUGAGGUUACAGGGAGCCAGACAGAGGGCCUUCUCAGUAGGGACACCCACCAUCUGGAACGCCCUCCCUUCAGAUGUCAAGGAGAUAAACAACUAUCUCACUUUUAGAUGACAUCUGAAGGCAGCCCUGUAUCGGGAAGUUUUUAAUGUUUGAUUUUUUUACUAUGUUUCAAUACAGUGGUACCUCAGGUUAAGUACUUAAUUUGUUCCAGAGGUCCGUACUUAACCUGAAACUCUUCUUAACCUGAAGCACCACUUUAGCUAAUGGGGCCUCCUGCUGCUGCCGUGCCGCCAGAGCACGAUUUCUUAACCCGAAGCACUAUUUCUGACUUAGCGGAGUCUGUAACCUGAAGCGUAUGUACCCUGAGGUACUACUGUACAUGCUGUGAGCCGCACAGAGUUACUGGGCGGCGUAUAAUAAUAAUAAUAAUAAUAAUAAUAAUAAUAAUAAUAAUUACAUCUCCUCAAGAUUGUUGCUUAUGGGGAGAUCUUCUGAGGGUCCUGCUCCUCCUCUCAGGUCUGAGCAGGCCUGAAUCUUGACCUCGCCCCUGCCCUGGCUUAUGCAGGUAUAGGCAGCAUGGUGGGUUUUAGACAUUUUAAAUGGCAACUCCCAUGAGCUCCAGCUGGCAUGGCCGAUGCUUAGGGAUGAUGGGAACUGUAGUCCACAACGCCUAAAGUUCAUCACUCUGGCUUCCCCAGCUAUAAUUGCAUGAGCUCAUAUUGUCAUUACUAGAUUAGUUACCAGGGUGAUGGUGUGAUGCUAAAUCUCUGUUCCCUUUUCUUCGCCAGACACUGUGGAAUCUGGACUUGAGCUGCAAAAAGGUAAAUUUCAGGGUCGAAUAGCGGCACAAUUUUGGGAGAAAUGGAAUCUGCUUCUCAAAAGGUCAUUGCAGCUCUUCAGUCCAGGCCUUUUUCCCCCCCCCCCCCCCGCAGUUAGCACUUUCCAUGUCUGCCUUACAGGUUUUCUAUCACUUUCAGGAAGUGAUAAAUUAGGUUGGUAAAGGUAAAGGACCCUUGACAGUUAAGUCCAGUCGCAAACGACUCUGGGGUUGCGGCGCUCCUCUCCCUUUACAGGCCGAGGGAGCCGGUGUUUGUCCGCAGACAGUUUUUCCGGGUCAUGUGGCCAGCAUGACUAAGCCACUUCUGGUGCAACGGAACACCGAAACCAGAGUAGUGCAGGGAACACCGCUUACCUUCCCGCCGGAGCAGUACCUACCGUAUUUUUCGCCCUAUAGGACGUACUUUUCCCUCUCCAAAAAUGAAGGGGAAAUGUGUGUGCGUCCUUUGGGGCGAAUGCAGGCUUUCGCUGAAGCCUGGAGAUCGAGAGGGGUUGGUGCGCACCGACCCCUCUCGCUCUCCAGGCUUCAGGAAACUCUGCACAAGCCGCAGGAGCCCUCCCCCGGCUUGCGCAGAGCUGCCUCUUGUCCCGAAGCCCCGGCGUGCUGGGCAGUCCUGUGGGGCUUCGGGUAGCUCUGCGCAAGCCGCGGGAGCCCUCCCACAGCUUGCGCAGAGCAGCCUGUUCUGGGGGCUGGGGUCGGAAAUAAAAAAAAAAUUAUUUAUUUCCCCCCAAAAAAACUAGGUGCGCCUUAUGGGCCAGUGCGUCCUAUGGGGCGCAAAAUACGGUAUUUAUCUACUUGCACUUUGAUGUGCUUUUGAACUGCUAGGUUGGCAGGAGCAGGGACCGAGCAACGGGAGCUCACCCCGUCAUGGGGACUCAAACUGCCGCCCAAGAGGCUCAGUGGUUUAGUCCACAGCACCCCCCAUGUCUCUUACUUAGGUUGUUACACUCCCCCAAUUCUCUUGUCAGUUAGUAGUUCCAAGAGGUUUCCUUUCAUUAUUUUAAUAAAUUAAUUAAAUUUCUAUACUGCCCUAUACCUGAGGUCUCAGGGCAGUUCACACAAUAAGAUCACAAUAUAAAACCACAAAAUACAUAGAAUCAUAGAAGGGACCCAGGGGUCAUCUAGUCCAACCCUCUGCAAAGCAGGAAUCUGAGCUAAAGCAUCUGUGACUGAUGGCCAUCCAACCUUUGCUUAAAAACCUCCAAGAAAGGAGAGUUCACCACCUCUUGUGGGAGUCUGUUCCACUGCCAAACAGCUCUUACUGUGAGAAAGUUUUUCCAAAUGUUUACUCAGAAUGUCCUUUCUUGUAAUUUGAAGCCAUUGGUUCGAGUCCUACCCUCCAGAGCAGGAGAAAUCAAACUUGCUCCCUAUUCCCUGUGGCAGCCCUUAUGAUAUUUGAAGAUGGCUAUCGUAUCUCCUCUCACUCUCCUCUUUUCCAGGAUAAACACACCCAGCUCCUUCAACCGCUCCUCAUAAGGCCUGGUUUCCAGACCCUUGAUCAUCUUGGUCGCCCUCCUCUGCACACAUUCCAGCUUGUCAACAUCCUUUUUAAAUUGUGGUGCCCAGAACUGGACACAGUAUUCCAGGUGUGGCCUGACCAAGGCAGAAUAGAGCGGCACUAUUACGUCCCUUGAUCUGGACAUUAUAGUUCUGUUGAUGCAGCCUAAAAUAGCAUUAGCUUUUUUUGCUGCUGCAUCACACUGUUGACUCACGUUAACACGUCCACCAAGACCCCUAGAUCCUUUUGACAUGUACUGCUCAUAAGCCGGGUGUUCACCGUCCUAUAAUCAAAAUAAAAACACAAACAACCCAAUAACCCCGCCCCAAACACAUUUUAAAAGGGCAUUGGGUGUCAAUCAGCCAAAGGUUAAAGAGGAAUGUUUUUGCCUGGCACCUAAAUGUGUAUAACGAAGGCGCCAGGCCUUCAUUAAAAUGAUCUUUCGAAGGAUAUCAUUGGAGGAGAAUGCAUUUUUGUCCUAUUUGAGUUUCAUUACCAAUAUCAAUGAGAUGAGCAGAGCUUCAACAUUCCCAACAGGCAAGUCAACUGUUUGGCUUCUGCAGAGAGAGGCAGCCUGCCUGACAACGUCUCCUCAUCAAAACAGAACCCCCCCCCGCCCCCCGAUUCGCUCUCAGAGCCCCAAGAAGGUCAUUUCACACAGAGAGGGUCAAGGGAGACUAGUCGCUUUCAUAAGCAGCAGAGCAUACAGUUUUAUGGGUGUCAGUGUUUUACUUUUUAUAAACUGCCUGGAAAGGUGGGGUAAAACAUUCUUUAAAUACGUAACUGAACUUGGGUGGUUGUCAUGAGACAGGUGUGUUCUCUGCUGUGGCCUCCUGCCAGAUUUACCUGGCAUUUCAAGCAUAGUGUGUCGUGUGAGGGAAAAGAUUGAGCUGUGAAUCAGGGAGUCCCUGCUUUGACUGCGCCUUCUUCCUUGAGCUUUGGGGGUAAGUAAAAAGGCCACUCUCAGCCUCAGUCCUCCCGUCUGAAAAACGGGCAUAAUAAAGUUGACCUUACUUACAUGGUUUGUGUAAGGUUUCUGUGAACAUAAUGCAUGCGGAGUGCUUUCGUUUCCAGAAAAUAGGAGGGUGCCUUUUGAUGGCACAACUCCCCCAAAACCACACAGAUGUUGCAAGAAGUAUUAUUAAGAGCUUGUGGAGCAUCCUAGUCCCGAACGCAGUUAACAAAGUCCCUGUUCAUUUCAAAGGGAAUUACAUUUCUGUCUAAAGAUAAGUCAGCUUCCCAGUUGACGUCGUUUCUCUUCUCUUUCUGCCCCCACAGAAAAUGUAACUUUGGAUCCAGACACAGCAAAUCCCUGGCUCAUCCUUCCUGAGGAUCGAAAGAGUGUGCGAAGGGGGAAAGUCUAUCAAGACCUGCCAGACAACCCUGAGAGAUUUGACACACAUGGCUUUGUGCUGGGAUGUGAGGGUUUCACAGCAGGCAGACAUUUCUGGGAGGUCAUUGUGGGAAGAGAGGAGAGAUGGGGGGUGGGGGUUGCCAGAAAGUCUGUGAAGAGGAAGGGUAUUCUCUCUUUUGGUCCUAUUGAAGGGAUCUGGGGUUUCGGGAAGUGGGACGGAGGGUACGUCCCCCUUAAGGCCCCUGUUCCAAGAGAGGAACCCAAGAGGAUCCGAGUGGCCCUGAACUGUGAAGGGGGACGGGUGUCCUUUUACGAUGCAGAUACAGCAGCCCUCCUCUGCACAUUCCUGGCAGCCUCCUUCUCAGUAGAGACCAUCCAGCCUUUGUUUCUUGUGUCUGCAAAAGGCCACUUAGCACUCUGAGAGUAGAGACAGACAAGCAGAUACAUAUCACCACAUCUUCAGUCUAAGUUUUCUCUUUUCUUAGAAGCACUAAGGGGCAGCCAUAUUGGCAAAACAGUGAUUGACUGACCCGAGUGUCCGUCAUGGUGCAACUCUCUUUUCUCAGGCCACUUCUGUAAAUGGUACCAAUUGGUUGGGUCUCCUGUCAGUCCUGAAACCUGCCUGUUGCCUUUCCCUCAUGGUCUCCCUUGGGAAUCAGCUGCUUCAGUUGGUGCAGGAGGGGCAAAGACGCAGCCUAAUAAUAAACACAAAAGCACCCCUACCCUCAUGCCUGUUCUGAUGUAGUACUUUUUCCAGCCUCCUGAAAGUCAGUGAAGUCUGACUUCCGGCUUUCUAUAGAGAAUACCCUCAUCACUUCUGAAUAAAAUCAGAAUUCUGAAUAGGCAUCGCUUAAAACCUCCCUCAGCCUCCAUCCUGUUUUCCGUUUCCCUUUCCCUCCCCCAAGAUCUUCACUGGCUGUGGAGAUGCAAGAACCAAAAUCCCUUCUUCUUUGCUGUUGCUCAGGGAAGCUUAUGUGGCAUUUCAGUAAAAUCUCUAUAUCCAAAGUGGCCCAAAAUCUGCACGCAGCUUAGUUGCACGAUCCCUGCCUUGCAUGCUUCAUCAAAACAAAAAUAUCAAGAUGGCGCAAGGCUUGGAAGUAACACUCAGAAGGGGCCGUGCGAUAUCUCACAAGAGCCUCCAGAGGGCAGAAAGCAAGGCAAAGGGCUUAAACUCUUUUGGCCCUGGGUUUUCCUCCGCCUUCCUUACUGCCCUCUAGGAAGGUUGCAGAAGGCAUUUCUGGGGGUCUUCCUGCCUUUAUAUUAUUUUGCCUUUGAAUGCAGACCAAGAACAUCACCACUGACAACCUCUGAGGAGAGAACAGAGACAAUCUAUAAUAAUAAUAAUAAUUUUAUUACGGCCAUAGGCCCAUACAGAUAAAAACAAGACAUAAAUAACAGCUUGUGCACGUGGGAAAAAACAGCCGCUAAAACACUACUAUAACAAUAAAAUACUAUGAGAUGGAAUGGCAUACUACGCCUUAA